UUGUUUUGCGACCGUGUUUGCCUAUAAAUUUAAAAUCACUUCAGUAAAUGUCCGAUGUACACAAAUAAUUUUUAAAUCUCAUAAAUUUACCAGUACCUAAAGUAUAAAUAAAUUUUUUACAACUUAAAAUGAAAAUCUCACGAUUAAAAUAAUCGUAAAUUAUCAUAAGCGGAAUUCAUUGAAAUUUAAUUAAGCGCUUGCGUUGCGCAGUGGAUAAUAAGUAGACAUGGUUGUGCGCAUCAAGUUAAAGUGAGUUUGGCAUCAUGUUCCGCUAAAAACAACGCUAUUUUCCGCAUGAAAAUUGACAUAUCACGGAAGAUCUAUUAUAUAAUCAUUUUUUGGUCGCCACAAAAUUAUUAUCGCUACCAAAUAAUCAAAUAUUUAUAAUUAGUACAUUAAUUCAUAAUGUCCAGCACUUAUAUUAUAGAACCUCAUGAUAAGGAUACAAAAAAAGACGAUAAUCUUAUUAUUGUGAUCAACGAUGAUGGAACUAUGGCUGUUGAUCAAGAUACUUUACAGAAUUUAUUAAUAAACAAAUCAAAUGCGAAUGUUAGUGUUGUGAGAGUCGGGCAAACAGAGAAUGAUGUGGUCAAUGGUAAUUUAACAUUCACGGUUGAUCCAUCGCAUUUGGAACCUAUUGAUUCUGCAUCUAAUACGGCCGGUACUAUUGAUACUGGUCUAGAUGAUCCUUUUAUGGAAAUGGAUCCUGAACAGUUAGAGAAGCUGGAAACAGCUUUACAAAGUGAGGAAGCUAAACAAAUACUUGGAGAAAAUGUUGCUGCAAUGCUCGAUAUGUUGACAGUAGAGGAGCAUCAAAAUUCUAUUAAAUUCGCUAUAGAAUUAGAUCAUUGUUAUACCAGCCGAUCAUCACCCUUGGAUCCAGAACCGUUAGAUCCUCUCCCAAUAGUGAAUUCGCCUGAAAAUAAUCAGACUGACACAAUAAAUUCGACGAUACAAUUAUCAGCAUCAGCACUAACAGAAGAUGGAACUCAAACCGCAGGAUCUCCAGUAAAAAUAACAAUAAAACCUAAACAACCUGUUGGUCGUCCAAGAAAAAUACCAGUCUCUAGUGUCCAAACAUUAAACAUUACUAAGUCUUCCAGCACAAACAGUUUUCGAAGUUCAAUUCCUCAAUCAGAGACUCGAAAAUCAGUGACGAGAGGAAAUGAAGAAGAGGAAGAUAAAACAGAAGAUUUAUCAUCUUCUACAGAGUCUUCAGACUCUGAAUCAUCAGACAAUGAUUCUGAUUUUGGACCUCGUGGACCCAGAAGGUCGGGUAUUAGAGCUCGGGGAGGCCGUCGCGGACUUACGACUCGUGGUGGCAGUAUGUCAGCAACACGAAGACGCGGUACAAGCAAACGAAUGGACAGUGAUCAAGUACGCAGGCUAGAUAUCGAAAUGGCAGCAGCAGUUGAUGCAAUGAAGAGUCCUGAAAAAUUAGAAAAAGAUGAUAAAUUAUCUUCAAGUCAGUUUAGAAAACAAAUUAAAGCUACUCCUAGUCGAAAAAAAGAUGAAGUACCGUUACUACGUCAGCCUUCCAGUGAAUCGUUAGUUGUUUCUGAAAAAAUAUUACAGACGACGAAUCAAACAAAGGCUAAUCUCAUAAGUGCUAAUAUGAUAAAAGGUGAUAUGAUUUUAACAAAGCCGGGUCAACUUAAAAACCAAAAAGUUUAUUUCAUUCAAAAAAAAGUUAUUGUCAAACCUGAAGAAAUAACAAACCUUGAAAUAAAACAAACUCCAGUAAAUGCAACUAAGGAUCUUAUUAAGCCUACGAAUCAAAUCCAAACGAAGCUCAUAACUUCACAGCAUGGUAAAUUGGUGGCAAUAACACCAAAGCCUACGUCUACAGCACAUACUCAACCACAAAUCACGCAGUUAGAUACUGAUGCAAAUACGAUAGCGCCGCUAAUGACACAAUCUCCAGUACAAACUCAGCUUGUGCAAAAACAAAUACUUAAAAUUUCGCCCGUAACACCGUCGUUUAAAAUAAAACCGAUAACAGAAGUUAAGAAAGAAAAAAAAAAGUCAGAAAGUAGUUGCGAGCCUUGUCCAAAAAUUGAAGAAGCUUUAAAACCAUUGGAUACUAAACCUUCUGAUGGAGUUAAAAAACAUAUUAAAAAAGAACAACGAAAGAGUCCUGGUAAUUUUGCAAACGCAUUAGAGCCGGCGCUAUUUUCUACUCCUGAUAUAAUUAGAAGAGUUGGUUCAAAUGCUGAUCUAAAUCCUAAAGGACCUGAUUCAAAUAUGCCUUUUACCUUACCCUUGUCUGGUUCUAAUACUUCCGAAGCAGCUGCAAUGCCUUCAAAUGUCGUUCCAUCGGAUACUACUCCUAAAUCUGAUGCUCCUAUUAAUACAGAAGUACAACCUGAAACGAAUAGUAUCAUGUCCCAAUCUUUGUCUAGUGCAGACGAUCAAGCUGUGAUGUUUAAUUCUGGGGAACAAGAAGAUAAAAGCGGCCCAAAAUUAUCCGCUGCUGAUGAUCUGUCUUCUUUAGACCCUGCAUCAAAUGCAAUUGUUAACGAAGAAAUUGGAAAAUCUGAUGAUUCUGUUCAAAAUAUUGUUUCUGACCAAAAUGGAAUAGAAGAAACAGAACAUCUUCUUGCAACAUUAGAAAUGGAAGCUACUAAACAUGAAGAAGAAUUACUUGCAGAGGCAUUGCUACUUCAAGAACAGCUUGAUGUGGAUUUAACAGAUACUACAUCAUUAGACGAGUCGACUAAUGCGGUUCCGGAGUCGUUGUUGGCAACGGCGACUUUCAACCCCGAAAUAUUACCAACUAUGAGCACGGAAUCUCCUUUAGUAAAAGCAACAGAGGCACACUCGUCACUAGAUAAUUUAGUCAAUAACGACUCUGAACAGCUGAAGAAGAAAACCAUAAAAGAACAACCAGCACAAAUUAUCCGCGGUGGACGAGUAAUAACUUUACCGCCCAUCGAGGCGCCAGCAACACGCAGCAAAAGGUUACAAGUUAAAUUUGAGCCGCCUAAACUUGAUGAUCCGUCAAAAAAAAGCGAAAAAGUCAAGAAACAAGUUCCACAAGUAAACCAAAUGGAGGACAUGGAAUCUGAAAUAGAUGAUGAUGAUGAAGAAGAAAACUCCGACUCUGAAGAUGAUCCCAACAGACUAUGGUGUAUUUGCAAACGCCCGCACAAUAAUCGGUUUAUGAUCUGUUGUGAUGUUUGUGAAGACUGGUUUCACGGCAAAUGUGUUCACGUGAGUAAAGCUAUGGGCAAACAAAUGGAGGAACAAGGAAUCGAGUGGGUCUGUCCUAACUGUUCAAAAAAAAAAGUUGAACAAGUACAUAAAGUAUCUAAACCAUCAACAAUAAAAUCAAAUAAAACAGAAUCUCCACCGUCUCAAAGUGUUGAAACUUCAUCACCACAAUCUUCCGAAAAAUCAGGAAAACCGAUGCCUAGUGUUAAACAAAAUGUUUCAUCAAGUCUUGCAGUAACUCAGUGCGUCGUGUGUAAAAAAGAGGCAAGAUCAUCCAGCAUUUAUUGUUCAGACGCUUGUAUUCUUACUCAUGCCCAGGAAACAUUAAUUAAAGACAAAGUAGUUCAAUCUCCUCAAUCAAAACCUAAAAGUGAUACUCCCAAAUCUAGUUUAGAUGCAAGAGUGAUUGUUUUUGAGAAGAAAACAGGAAAAGUUUUGACGGGUAGUGAUGCACCUCUAGCAUCUAAUUUAAAAACUUGGUUAAAGGAACAUCCGACAUUCGAAAUCGUUCGCUCGAGUAAUUUAAAUACGUUACAAAUCGGCGGUAAAACUCUUUCAGCAAUUCAAACACAAGGGUCAGGAAAAAUAAUAAAGUCUGAUCAACCGGCAACAGUUCAACCGAAAAUGGUUUUUGCAAAAGUUAUUGGCUCUAAACAAACAGUAUUAGCAUCAAGCAAUAAAAAAGUAACUGUGAUUUCAAACUUACCAAAUUCAAAUAUCUCAAAAAGUGGUCCCGUGAAACAAAUAAUUGUUGGUUCAAAUAAAAGUCCGAUUUUGAAACAAACGACAUUGAAAAAUGUUGUGAAUCAAAAUAAAACUCCGAUAGUAAUUAAGCAAAGUUCUGUUAAGAAACAGGAACAAAAAUCUCCGGCAGCACCAGUGAAGACACCACAGAAAUCUUUGAAUUUAAAAAAAUCCGAACCUGAACCAAUACGAUUAAAUGUUCGUAAAACUUUGGCGGAAUUGUUGACAAGCAGAAUUAAGGAAGCAGAUGACUUGAAGAUAAGUAAUGAAGAAAUCGAAAACCUCGCUUUGAAAAUAGAAUUAGAAAUGUACAAAUAUUUCCGAGACACUGGUUCGAAAUACAAAGCCAAGUAUAGAAGUCUUUUGUUUAAUAUAAAAGAUACUAAAAAUUUGACAUUGUUUAGAAAAAUAGCUGACAAAUCUUUAACGCCUGAUGCUGUUGUUAAAUUAAGCCCUGAAGAAAUGGCGAGUCAGGAAUUAGCUGAGUGGAGAGAGAAAGAAACACAGCAUCAGUUGGAGAUGAUUAAAAAAAAUGAAUUGGAUCUUAUGGCUCAGGCCAAGUCAAUUGUUGUCAAAACUCACAAGGGCGAACAAAUAAUUGAAAACGACGGUAAUAUUGAGGCUGUCGAUCCAAAAACUCCUGUACAAGACAUUGUGACUGUUUUAAAUAACGUAGAUAACACGUGUUCAGAUAUUUUAGAUGAAAAGGAGGACACUUUGUCUUCAUCAGUUGAAGAUUUUAGAAAAGUUAAACGCAGUGAUGAUAAGAAAAUAAAAGAAAAGGAUCGGGAGAGAGAAAAAGAUGGUCAUAGAUCGAGGAAAAAUAAAGAUGCAAGGGAUAAAGAUUCAAAGAAAGAUAGAAGUACUAGUAGAAGUAAGCGGCAUCGUAGCAGAGAUCGGAGUCGGAGUCGGAGGAAAAGUAAAGACGAGAAACGCGAUAAGGAAAAAAGUCGCGAGCGUGAUCGGGAAAAAGAUAAAGAGAAAAGUAAAGAUAAGUCGAAAGAUAAAGAUCGGUCGCGAAGAAGCAGCAAAAGUAGGAGUAGCUCUCACAGCAAAAGUCAUAAGGAAUACAAGGAUAAGGAUAAAAAACGAAGUGAGGAUGAAUUGAAACGAGAUGAUAAAAAAAAAGAGAUAGUUCAAACAGGCAAGUUAAUUGAAGAUCGUUUGUGGAGACACGUUGAGGAAGAAACGACGACCAACACAUUAGAUGGCAAUGAUUCAGACGUGUCUGACAGAGAACCGAGCUCAACGGUAAAUAUUGAAACUCCGGAUAUAAAUGAUGAGGUGGAGAAAGAAAAAGAAGCGGUAGAGAUUAAACCAGUUAUCACUAAAGACCCAAUAAAAAACUCAUCUCUGACAGUUUGGCGAGGGUUCGUUAACAUGGUGGACGUUGCUAAAUUUUUUAUAACAGCUCAAGAAGUAAGCGGGCAAGCGAAAGAACUUAUGGAAGAUUUGCCAGAUACUUUCGACGUCGUUGGAAGAAUCAGUCAUGAAACUGUUUGGGAUUACAUUUCUAAGAUGAAGAAGACUGGGUCUAAAGAAAUAAUAAUUAUAAGAUUUACAGCAGCUAAUGACGAAGAAAAAAUUCCAUACAUAACUCUCUACAGUUACUUAAAUAGUCGAAGUCGUCUAGGAGUCGUUGGAAAUGUCUCGAAAAAUAUUAAAGAUUUUUACAUAAUGCCUUUUUCGAGUCAGAGCCAAAUACCGCCUGUACUGCUGCCUCUCAAUGGCCCAGGUUUUGAGGAACAACGACCUCAUUUACUGCUCGGUAUCAUUGUGCAAAACAAACGGAAACGCGUAUCUCACACCCCACUUCCGGUAGCAAUUUUACCUAAAGUACCGAAGAAAGAUUCUGAUCGCAGUUAUACUCCGCCACCUGUUGCUAAAGAUAAGAUCGUAAAUUCUACUGAUAAAACGCAGCAUUUAGAUACUCUUGAGAAAGCAAUUACCAAUCCGACUUCUUUUAAUAAAACACAAGGAAUGUCGAGAAAAGUAAUGGACAGUGCGAUUAUUUCUAAAAUAGUUCCUGAACUUUCAGCUAAAAUCGAUUUUAAUCCUGAAAAAGCGCUCAUGGAAAAAGAUGACGAUGAUGAACCAUACAGUCCUGGGGAUAUUGAUGACGAAGCUGAUGAUAAAUUAUCAAACUUGACUUCUUCUAGUUUAAAAACAAAUAAAGACUCAAAUGAACUUCAAAGAAAAAUGGAUGAAAUAAAUCGUCAAAUCGAAGAACAGAAACAACAGAUACAAAGUAUCAGUUCUUCUUUUCGUAGUGAGCCAGUUCCUACGUUACCUGGUCUUGGACUCGAUCCUUCCGACACCAAUGACUCAAACGAAGCGUACAGUCCCACGGAUGUACGUUCCUUUACCCCACCUCCUCAAGGUCUCGCUAAAUUCGCCCAGCCGAUUCUUGAUAAGGUCUCAGAUAUCACAAUCCCACCGAAUCUCCAAGAAAUUUUAGCCAACGUCAAGCGCCAAGAGUGUUCGAAAUUCGAUUCUUAUUUACCUUCGAAACCAAGCGCGUCAUUUUUGACUUCAAUUAACUCAUUGAAUUAUCAAAAACUCGAAAAAUACACCCCAACAACUGUCAAAGAAAAUAAAAGCACACUACGGUCGUUGAGUGACUUGGAUCUUAUUAAAAAAGCCGAAGAAGAGCUUGCCGCAGUCGCAGCAGCUUCCGUACCAAAAAUACAGGGCUUCGUUCCUCUAGAAGGCAGCUCUGAAUUUUCCACAUCUAUGGAUUCGGACACAAGUUAUACUAAAGUUGAACCAGUACAAAUGAACCGUAUCUCGGAACAACCGAAACCUCCGGGGCUUGAAGAUGAAGACCUUCCGACAUUCCCUUCUACACCACCUACGUCUGAAGUCUCGCGAUUUAUGCUGGCAUCUCAAAAAGCUCUCCCGCAAACUGCUGCUCUGUCUACAAAACGUAAAGUUGAUGAUGACAGUCCUCUGUCACCUUCCAAGUCUAAAGCAAAGUCGAGAUGGGGUCAGACACCUUCGGACUGAAUAUAAAUAAGUUUCAUUUACUUUUUAAAUUUAUAAAUUAUUUAAGUAACAUUGUUUUUUUAAAUUGGUCGUUUUUCAUAUCAAUCAUUUUUAAAUGAAUCAUUUAUAUAUCAUUGUAAUUAUUUAUACCAGUUUUAUAAAACAUCAUACUGAGAAUACCACGAAACGAAUAAUGGAUCAAGUAUUUUUUUCUGUAAAUAUUUUAAAAAGCAGCGGGAAAAUAUAAGUAUGAUUUACUUAUUACUCUUAACGCUUGCGAUAAGAUUAUUUUUUGUUUGUAAAUAAUCGAAAAAAAGAAUAAAAAAAUAUGAAAAUAUAAAUAUUUUUCAUAUGUUGAAAAUUAAUGAAAAUAAACGCGAAAUUACUGGGAAGAAAAAGUUGUAAAUUAGCGUAGGUAUUCUGAGAAUAAAACGUGGCUGUGUAUAUAUACUGAAUAAUAUUUAUAUAUUUGAAUUUAAAUGAUAUUUGCUUAUUGAUUAUGACAAUAAUUUGUUUAAUCAUCGGUUUUUUAAAUUCAUGCAUCUAGAGAAAUUAAUAAGAAACUUUUAAUUAAUUGAUCAUUUGCGUUACCAUUUAUUUGACGUAAUGAUAUAGCGUAUGAUAUAAUUAAUAUAAUAAAUAUAUUAUAGUGUAUAAACAAUUCCAAUUUAAUAUUGCUGUAGUUUAUGUGUAACAAAUUAAGUGACAAUGUAAACAACUAAGUUUAAUUUACAUACUGUAACUGUAAAUUACUAAAUUUUUUUUAAUUAGUAAAAAAAUGUGAAAUUAUUUCAACUACGUUCGUUAAAUAGUUUAGAAAAUUAUUACAGUGUCAUUCAUUUUAAAAGCAUUUUUAAUUUUAAUCUUUCGUUUUUUAAUAAUCUAUAAACGAAU